UUGGCGGGAAAGUGGCAGUAGCUCAGCAUGGCAACUGCAGCGUCUGAAUCGCUGUCUUCGGGUGGCCCCGGGGCCGUACGGCUGCCCCGCUCGCCGCCCCUCAAGGUGCUGGCAGAACAGCUGCGGCAGCACGCAGAAGGUGGCCCGGGCGCGUGGCGGCUGGCCCGGGCGGCGGUGGGCCGCACGCCGCUGGAGCUGGCGGCCGUGUGGAUGCAGGGUACUGUGCUGGCGGCGGAAGGCGGCCAGGCGCGGCUGCGGGACCCGAGCGGGACCUUCUCCGUGCGUGGCCUGGAGCGUGUACCACGCGGCCGGCCUUGCCUGUUCCCAGGAAAGUACGUGAUGGUCAUGGGGGUGGUUCAGGCCUGCAGUCCUGAGCCCUGCCUGCAGGCCGUGAAGAUGACGGACCUUUCUGACAAUCCUGUCCACGAAAGCAUGUGGGAACUGGAGGUGGAAGACUUACACAGGAACAUCCCUUAGAGCUGGGACCCUCUAAGAACAGCUCCCCGUAAAGGAAUCUACCCCCAGCUGGGUCUCAGGAGCAGCAUGAAGGUUUCUUGAAGACAUUUGCUUUGGUUGAGUCAGACGUCUGGACCCUGGGAGCUGGAGCUUCAGUUGUCUCAGCCACUACUCCCUGCCCGUGCUUUGCUUGCAUGAGAAGCAGAUGUCCCCCCUUUGUCCCUUACGUGUGUUCCUUUCUCUCGCUGAAGCACAUGGAAAGUUCCUGUCGUCAUUUCCUGAAUCUGCGAGGGAUGACACUUUCUCCUUGACUGCACCUCUGAAUUUCAGUCGUUGCCAGUGGGUUAAAAUUAUGGACAUGAGGACAGAAUGGCAUGGUGGCCUGCCUUCCAUCACCAGCCAUUGCCAUCUUGUAGGGCAGGUGCCAACCUCUUGCUGACAGCUCUCUCUCUCUGCUUCAUAUGCUUUUUCCUCAUUGUCUGUGUCCUUCGACUCUGAAGCUGAGGCCAGCUGUUGAGAAUGGUCAGAAUCCUUACAAUGCUCCGUUGAACUUAAAAUUCCAAGAUGGAGACAGACUUUUCAAACACUUCUCCUUCAAAACUAUUGUGGAGAGACGCCAGGGUGGGAAUAGCCUGCAGGCUUAGAGUCCUGACCUCCUUUCUGUAUGAAACGCCUUUCUGUUGGGAUUGUGUCAGUGUUGGGUUUGACUUUCUGCUGAUGACCCAGGCUAGGUUCAUAUUUGGAUGACAAAGACCAAGCAGCCCACCUUACUAUGAUAUGGCAGAAGUUUUCUAGUGACAUUUCUGCAUGGCGUGGUUUUAAAAGUAAGCUCUAGUAUCUGUCUGUCCUAAAGACAGGGCCUUCAGGUAUCUCCCGCUCGUGACCCUCUCCCCCCACUCCAGACUGUUGAGAUUACUGGUGUGCACUACUAUGUCUGCAGUGCUGGGGAUGGAACCCAGGGCUUCCUGCAGGCUAAGCAAACACUGUUACUGAGCCACGUUUCCAGCAUAAAAUGUUGAUUUAUUAAAACAGUUGUAGGUUUUCAGAAAAAUUGAUCAGAAGGUGUUCCCAUAACUGCCAUCGAAGCUAAGAACACAGUGUCGAUGACCUAGAGCCCCAGCUCUUGUGUCUUAAAUAAGGCUAGCUGUAUGAGGCAGGCCUCUUGCCUCAGCCUGCAGAGUGCUAGGAUCCUGAUCCACACCUCACACUCAGCCCCCACGCCCAGACUCACCUGGAUUGCCGUGAGCAGCAGGUGGCACUUGGAGUCACUUGGCAGGAAGUGCCAAGAGCAAGGGACAGAGCAAGGGACAGAGAGGACAAGGACUUGGGUGAUCUAGACCUGCCUCCUUCCUGUCCCUCCAUCCUCUAGAGAAAGCACUGACGUCUUGAGUCCAAUUCCUAGUUCAGGCAGACCUCAGAUUCACCAUCUUCCUGCCUCUGCUUAGCCGGGAUUACAGGCCUGCUCCUCCGGCCCUACUUACACGGUUGCCUUUUUAAAAAAAGAUUUUAUCUCUAGUUAUGUGUGCAUGAGGUGCUUUGGAGCCCAGAAGAGAGUGUUCACAAAUAAAUUUAGUCAUCGAUCAGCCCCAUGCUAGGUAGCUCACAACGUCUGUAAUUUCCUGUAGUUCCGAAGCAGCUGAUGCCUCUCCUGGCUCCUGGACACCCUCAUAACAUAGCAUACAGACUUGAAAUAAAUACUUAAAUAAAAAUAAGUCUUAAAAAGUAAAGGUUUAAGAACAGUAGUAAUGGGGCUGGAGAGAUGGCUCAGUGGUUAAGAGCACUGACUGCUCUUCCAGAGGUCCUGAGUUCAAAUCCCAUCUACCACAUGGUGGCUCACAGCCAUCUGUAAUGAGAUCUGAUGUGUGUCUAAGACAGCUGCAGUGUACUCAUAUACACUAAAUAAAUAAAUAAAUCUUUAAAAAAAAAAAAAAA